UUAACCCAUUUUGCACCCGUCCACGAAAGUGAUAGAACUUGAAGAAUUUCAGCCCAGUUCAGGUGCAUAUUUUCUUGACAAUUUUGUAGGCAAAGAUAAUGGAUUAUAUCUAUGCAUCUACAAGGAGAAUUUACAAAAUAAAUGUAUUUCCGUGGUUUCCUUAAGUUUUUCAUCUACCUAAAUAGAGCGGUUUUAAUGAUGGGUCAUGUGGGUGUUAACUCUAGAACGUUGUCGUAGUUUUUCAAAACAAAAACGAAAUGUAACCAAAAAGCGGGACAUAUUAAACAAUAAACGAGAACAUGGCUUCUAAGCGCUUCGGGGCCAUGAAGGAUAUCGCGAGAGCCAAAAAGCCGCGUCUCGAUGUGAGCGUUGCCCGGUCAUCGUCCCGGCCCAGUCCACCACGCAGCAUAAUCGACUGGGACCAUUGGGACGACGACGACGAUGUCAUCCUGAUGGCCACCCAGCUGGCGGAAGCCGAGAUUGAGGCGGAGGCCAAGCGCAAGGCGGACGCAACGAACGUGGCGGCUGGCGACGUCACAUUCAGCGAGUUUGCGCCGCUGCGAGGCACCACCAGCACCCAGCAGAUGUUUCCACCCGCAGCGCCGCCGAAGCAGAAGACUUCGAGCAUCGACAUGGAUGCCAUAUUCGGGGACGAUGAUGAGUUCGAAUUCCUGGCCGUGGCCCUCACAGAUGAUGUGCCACGGCCCGAGCCCCCGCCACUGCCAACAGUUGGCACGACCCAAAAAACGACGACGAAAAGCAUCACCAUACAGCAGACGAUGACACAGACUACGGCGACCCAAUCGCGUCAGCAAGAGCACCAGAUAAAGUUCCUACUGGAUCGCAUCGAAGCCCUGAAGAAGGACAAUUCCAAGCUGCAACACGAUCUGGGCGACAGCAACGAGCGCACGGAGCUCAAGUCGGGAGAGGUCAGUCUGCUGCGGGACGAGCUGAGGUAUGUGCGCCAGCAGCUGCAGGCCAGCAAAAUGGAGAAGAUGGCGCUGGCCGACGAGACCAACAGGGACUGCAACAAGAAGGUGGCCGAGGCGGUCAAGCAGAUCGCGGCAAAGGAUAUCGAGCUAAAGAUAAAAAACGCCGAGAACACCAAGCUGAGGAUCCAGCAGCAGGCCCGCAAUGCACACGAUAGGACCAUGAACAUGAACAUGAGCAUCAGUACGCUGCCGGCCGCCCCCAAUCCCGCGGUGCAGCGCACUCUGCUGCGCCUCCACAAACUGAAUAUCCACCAGGCCGUGCCCAGGCUGCGGGCGAACAAUGCCAGCGUCUACGAGUACAACGAGCAGCAGGGCAAGAAGCAGGGUACUCUGUUCGAGGUGGAGCUCAAGCAGCUGCUUCUCAGCUACGCGCAGCUGCAAUCGCAGCCGGAAUCUGUGGACAGCCUCGUCCAGCGCAUCGUCUCCUCUGUGUGCAAGGUGUUCUCGGAGUUCGCCUCGUAUGCCCAGAGCCUGCAGUUCCCCCACAACUGCAUGUUGUAUCCCCACAAUCCCUAUAUGCUGCACUCGCAUCACAGCGCCAGCGUCCACUCCCUCUCCCAGCCUGGGGCUCUGUACGCCAAGGAGCGGGCAAUGAUCCUGCGUCGCUACAUGGCCACAUUGGCGCUGAUCUGCAGGCAGCAGGGCAAGAUUGCACGGGCCCUGCUCAGGCAGCGGCACAACGAUCUCUGGCUGCUGGAGCUGGCCAUCGAUGCGAUUGUCAAGCUGGGCUUCUCCUACGAGGUCAGCGAGCACUUUGGUCUGCUCGAGGCCACAGCCUCGCUGCUGCACAGCCUCCUGCGGGAGCAGCAGCACGAGGAGGAGCGCGUGGAAGAGCUUUUGGUUGAGCUGCUCAAGCAGCUGGUCUUCACCCGGCCCAGUCCCUGGGUCUUUGGCGAACUGAGCGCCUGCCUGCUGGCCUGCCUCCAGCGGCCGCCGCUGCUGGCGCGUCUGUGCGUUAACAGUCCAAGGAGCUGCUUCAUCUCGGACCGUGUGCGCUCCGUCUAUCGGUUCGGACCCAGCUCCUGCCUGCUGCAGGUCUACGCGGGCCUUCUGGAGCUGUGCUUCUUCAGCGAGACCGCGCUGCAGGCGUCCCAUUUCCAGCUGCUGCUAUCCAUUGGCGGCAACCAUGUGCGCUUCGCCUUCGAGUGCUUCAAGAAUCCGCCCCACUUUAUACUGGAAAUGCUGCCGUACUUUGCCGAAGACGAGGAGGCGGAAGCCAACGAGGAAACACUGGCCAACAAGCUGAGCAGCAGCUCCACAGCAGCGGUGCAUGGCUCGGCCUCAAAUGGAUCCUGCACGCUGACUGCCUCAGACUCAAACUCAAACUCCAACUCCAACUCUGGCUCCUCCCGCACCAAUUGCGAGUGCUAUGUGAAGCUCUGCCUCAGCGUGGUCACGCUUGUCUUCCAGAUGAUGCAUCAGUGGAUGCUGCAUCAGAGGAAAGCAGGUACCGAGCAAGUGGGGGCAAUGUCUCGUAUAGCGGUGCACCUGCUGACACUGAUCUUUCAUGAGUACUACCUGACCUGCCUGUUCCGUGACUCCGAGGAGACAACGAAACACUAUCUCAGCCUCAUCUGCAACUGGUGGAGCGAGCAUUCGACGCUGCUCGGAUUCCAGCCCAUACAUUUGCGCUUGCUAAGUCAGCUGGAGAAAUCCCAUUUCAUGCUCAAGCCGCUGCACCAGGAGGCGAAUCACAGCAAUCCGAGCAACGAUCUGGCCGAGUGGACACGCAUUAUCAACGAUGCGGAUGCCCGUACCGAAAACGUCGCUCCGAAUGCUCUUGAUGCGUCUAAACUCCUCGAAACCGACUUCUUUGGCGGCCUCAAGCGAGUGGAUUACACAUUUGAAUAGUCUGUAUUUAUUUAGUUUGUAAGUUAUUGUAUUGUAAUGGAUAGUCCUAAUAUAUCAAUUAGAGCUGUACUAGCUC